CUCUCAUUCACACAAAGCCUUCCGUCUCUCUGUUAACCUAGAAUCAAUCUCAGCCUCCCUCUCUGAGCUUUUUUACCCUUUGCAAUUUGCAUCGCUCUUUCUCAUUGUGGACUUCUCUAUCAAAGGAGAAAGAAAAAAGGGCUAGAACGAUUGUUUGGAUUUUCCCAUCAAAAGAUUAACUCGGAAGGAAAACUAAGCGUGGAUGUUUUAAUGGAGACCAAGGGUGGGAAAAAGAAGUCUAGCAGUAGUAGUGGCUCCAAACAGUACGAAGUUCCCCUCGGCUACAUCAUUGAAGACGUUCGUCCCAACGGUGGCAUCGAAAAGUUCCGAUCUGCUGCUUACUCCAACUGCGUGAGGAAGCCAUCCUGAUAUAUCCCACAAAUGCCUCCUUCCGUAGACUAGGAUUUCAUUUACUCAAUAAUCUCUCUUCUUCCGUUUUUGUUUUCAAUUCGAAUAACAAUAAUCUGAAAAUUUUCUUUGUUGCUGUAAACGAAACCCAGAAAGAAAACACACACCCUCUCUGUUGCUCUGUCUUUGCCAUUGCUUCCCUGAACAAUGACCAUCCUCAGCCACGACGCUCCACCGCCUUCACCAAUAGGUUUCGAAGGUUUCGAAAAGCGGCUCGAGAUCACGUUCUCUGAGCCGCCGUUUUUCACUGACCCACAGGGGCUCGGUCUCCGGGCGCUGACUCGCCCGCAGAUCGACUCCAUCCUCGACGCGGCUCGCUGCACCAUCGUGUCACACCUCUCCAACUCGGAGCUCGACUCAUACGUUCUUUCCGAGUCAAGCCUUUUCAUCUACCCUUCCAAACUCGUCAUCAAAACCUGUGGGACAACCAAGCUCCUCCUAUCGAUCCCACCUAUUCUCGGACUCGCCGAGUCGCUCUCGCUUGCUGUCGUUUCAGUCAAGUACUCCCGCGGGAGCUUCAUUUUCCCGAAUGCCCAACCUGCCCCUCACCGUAGCUUCACUGAGGAAGUCACCGCUCUGAAUGAGUUCUUUGGGCACAUGAACCCCAAGGCCUUUGUGAUCGGGGAUUCGACGGUCCCGAAUCGUAACUGGCACAUUUACUCCGCCGCGACGGAGGGUAAACGGACGGACCCGAUUGCUCUCGAGAUGUGCAUGACCGGGUUGGACAGCAACAAGGCGUCCGUAUUUUUCAAGAAAUCGGAGGGAUACGUAGCUGGUGAAAUGACCAAAAUGUCCGGAAUAUCCGAGAUUAUUCCUUCUCACGUGAUUUGCGACUUCGAGUUUGACCCGUGUGGGUACUCCAUGAAUGGGAUUGACGGGUCUGCUUAUUCAACCGUGCACGUGACUCCAGAGGACGGGUUCAGUUACGCCAGCUACGAAACCCUAGGGUUCGACCCGGAGGCCACUGGGUUCGAGCCGCUGGUCAAGAGGGUGCUCAAGUGCUUUGGUCCGGCUGAGUUUUCCGUUGCAAUCACUUGCUUUGGUGGCGUCAACUGGGCCACGGAAUGUGCUGACGUGGAUGGAUACACGUGUGAGAGCGUGGUGAAGCAGGAGCUGCCAGGUGGCGGGUGCGUGGUGUACCUGGCUUACGCGGCAAAGGCUAAGGUGGGUGGUUGCCCGGUGCCCACACCAACAAAAGCUGUCAUGAAUUGCUGGAAGGAGGUAGCGUUGGAGGAAGAGGAGGGUGUUGCGUGUCCAUGCGUUUGGUCAGCGUAGGGCCAGCCAAACAGAGCCAAUCAGAGUGUCAGUUGUCGGUUCUGUUCUGUCACUGCCAGUGAGUUUUGUUGAGUGGCGCUUUGGUAAUUAUGCUAGGGUUUUGCCUAAAUGUGUUAAUUAAUUGGCAGUCCCAUUAUUCAGGGUCGUUUCUUUGAAGUCUCCUUGCUUGUUUUCUAGUCUUCCUAUGUAAUGGGGCUUUGGUCUACGAUUUGGAAUAAAGGAGGUUGUUUUUUCUA